AUGCAAAUGAAGCACACGCAACUUCAACACGCUACCGACGCUCGCCGCCUCAUACAAACGGCACAAGCUUUUUACGAGGAACGAGACACCAACAAAUGUUUGGAAAGCGCUGAAUUUGGAAUGGAACAAAUUGCCAGAAAACCGAUUUCUUUAUUACCAGGAAAAGAUAAAUACUUACAAGAAUUACAUUUCAUAGUUGCAAACGCGUUUCUAGAUCAGAAACGUGUCCGUGAUAGCAUGAGUGAGUCAGAUCGCGAACGCAGGGCAUUUAUACUCCUCGGUAUGCCAAUAUCUCGUGUGCCCAGCCGUGACUCUGUGCUCCGCGUACGACCCCCAGCACCGCCCCGAGAUUUUAAAAUUCGUAUUCGCAACCUGGAACGCUCCUUAACUAUGAGCACCAAACGGUCAGAAAGAUGCUACGUUUUGCACGAGCUAGCUCGAUUACAUGUUGAGACUAAGCAAGCUAUGAAGGCUCGUUAUUACGCCCACAAGUGUCAAAAUGAAGCCAAAGCGGCCAAUCUACAAGCAUGGCUCUUGAAUGUGCUAUUCCUCCUCGCCCGUUGUCAUUUACUCCAAAACAAUAGACCCGAAGCCCGGGCAGUGCUACUAGAAGCCACUGGCUUGGCGCGAUCUUACGGGUUCGGAGACAUAGCUGAGUUCUUUGAAACUUGUGUUAAUGUAUCAGUCGAAGGCGAGAUAGUCGCAACCACAGAUGCGUGUCUUGAGAAACGGCAGAAGGAUCUAGUUGACCUCAUGCAAGACGAUGAUCUAAAAUCAGCAGCGAGAUACCUUUUCAGACGAAUGUCCCUAAUUCCAGCUGCCAGACGCUUUUCAAUAAUGCCGGGCGCCCGAGCCGAAGAUGACGAUGUACCAGUAAGCCACGCACGUCGGCGACAAUCUAUCAUUCCUAAAACAUCGCAGCCAACUAGAAUUGCUUAUAAAUCCGUACAUCCUUUGGGCUUUGUAGAUUUUGACAGGUAA